AUGAAAGAGUUCAUUUCAUGCGUUGCGGUUGCGUGGUUCACUUCGUAUUGUCACGACUCCAAUUUCAAUUUCAACAAGAUGCCUCUCCAGCUGACGAAGCCCGCUCCUCAGUUCAAGGCCACCGCCGUGGUGAACGGAGAAUUCAAGGAUGUCGCUCUCUGCGACUACAAAGGCAAAUACGUGGUGUUGUUCUUCUAUCCGUUAGACUUCACGUUUGUCUGUCCGACGGAGAUCAUCGCAUUCUCUGAGCGCGCGGACGACUUCCGCAAGAUCGGCUGCGAGGUCCUCGCAGCAUCCACCGACUCUCACUUCACUCACCUUGCCUGGAUCAACACACCACGCAAACAGGGAGGUUUGGGCCCAAUGAACAUCCCGCUGGUCAGCGACAAGUCUCACAACAUCGCGCGCGACUACGGCGUACUCAACGAGGAGACGGGGAUCCCCUUCCGCGGCCUCUUCAUCAUCGACGACAAGCAGAACCUCCGCCAGAUCACCGUCAACGACCUGCCUGUCGGACGAUCUGUGGAGGAGACUCUCCGCCUCGUCCAAGCCUUCCAGUACACAGAUAAGCACGGCGAGGUGUGCCCGGCCAACUGGCAGCCAGGCUCCAAGACCAUCAAGCCCGAAACCAAGGCUGCUCAGGAAUACUUCCUCGACGCCAACUAA